AUGCUCACUAACCCAGAAGUCACAAAGCCUCUGCAGAGGGAAGGCUCAGUCAUAGGUAGCUACUUACUGCAGGACGAGCCGGUCAAAAGACGGCCAAGCUCUGCUGAAGAGUUGGAGCUGACCAAAAACACAAAGCUCACAGACUCUGCCGAGACGCUCCGCCCGUCAUGUAUAGAUGAAAGUGUUGAGCAGAUGCACACUCAGAGUAAAGCCGUCGGUCCUCAGCGAGUGUUUAAGGUGGUGUUUCUGGGGAACUCGGGGGUUGGUAAGAGCUCCUUCAUCCACCACUGCUGCAUGGGACGGUUCCACAGGAACAUGAGCUCUACUGUCGGUGUAGAUUUUCAAAUGAGGACUUUAGUUUUGAACUCCACCACCGUCACCCUGCAGCUCUGGGACACUGCAGGGCAGGAGAGGUAUCGCAGUAUCACUGAGCAAUACUAUCGAAGGGCUGAUGGCGUCCUCACCAUGUAUGACGUAACUCAUUCCGCCUCCUUCACUGCGGUGAGGGAAUGGAUAGACUCUGUCAAGGAGAAGAUGUGUGAAGGGACUGUGCUGAUGCUGGUGGGGAACAAGCUGGACCUAGCUGACAAUCACAGCAGAAAAGUGACGACAGCAGAGGGUCAGAGUCUGGCAGAGCAGUACCAGGCUUUGUUUUAUGAGUGCAGUGCCAAAACAGGAGAGAACAUGGAAAAGCUGAUAGAUCACCUGGCUGGGUAG